AUGCUGUCGAGGCAGACUUCCUCACCCUCCCUACCCAUUGACAAGCCGUUUCCAUUCCUUUCGCUACCUCGAGAACUUCGCGACGAAAUAUAUUCCUACUUCCUACUCUUUGAUCUACCUGUAGAGGUCUUCUCGAUCCCGGCACCACUACCAGACUGGCCUUCUCUUGAUAUUUCCUUGUUUUUCCUUAACAAGCAAGUCCACGAUGAAGCCUCGGAAUUCUUUUAUUCCCGAAAUACAUUUCCGGUUCAUCUUACGAUCCGGUCUGAAGGCCCUCCUAGGUGGCUUCGGGAUAGAGACCUGCAGGAUCGAGAUAAUAUAGGCUAUAAAAUCGAAACCGAGUUAAUGUCACUCUGGGAACGGUUUUUUCACUGUGCUUUUCUCCCUUACGGCUUCCAUGAAUUCUUCGAAGCCCGUGCUUACGCAAUAGCCAAUGAUGCAUCCGAAGUGGACUAUGUAUAUGGCACAUAUCAAAUCAACUCCCCGGCCCCUUCAAUCCCAGCACUCCGUUACUGCCGCCAUUUCCGCAAUAUUCAAAUCAACAUUAUCGAUCUCAGGAGACCCAGUAUAAUACGGGUACCACUAUCACCAUCAGAGCCCGUUCGGAAGAUAUUACAAACCACCUACCAACCUUUAGUACACCACCUCAAACACAUCUUCGAAGCAGCUGGCGAAUAUUUAACUAUCAAAAUAGACAUUGUGUCAACCGAACAUAUGCUACAUACCGGUCGCGGUCUUUCUGACCAACAGCUCUAUUGGAAAAAAUAUGCAAAAGUCCGUGAUGGUCCCGCAACAAACAGUCAUUCUGAUGCAUACUACUUCUCACUUUAUGAAGAUUUGCUCCGGAUGGCAUGGCCGUUCACUAUGGGGCCUUGGCGGUCUAAAGUCCGGACCUCAAUGGACGAGGUUUUUGGAGAUAAAAUUCAACCGAUACUGCGAAGUUGCGAUGAGAAUGCGGGGUUAAAUACGUAUAUAAUGGAGUUUAAACCAUACUAUUUAGCGACCGGGUGUACUUGGGUUAUAAUAAGGGAUGGCCGGCGGUUUCUGGGCCAGUUUCACACUCCCGGCGAAGGAGGGGUUCGUCAAGACAUUGACCACAAUGAUUACAUUUCCGAGGAGCCAGAAAGCGACUAUCCAAAUGUUUAA